CAAAAGUCAAAAACAGUAUAAAAAAUAUUUUACAAUUAAUAGAAUAUAAUGUCAAAUAAAUGAUGAAAUUGCCAUACUAAAAUAACGAAUUAUUUUAUCGUUAUAUUUCAACAACAACAACAACAACAACAGAUAUUAUGUCGUAUUACUGUUAUGAAUAUUGUACUGCUCACAACUAUUAUUCGCAAUACUCAUUCUCUUACCUAUCUGGUCACGACAAUUUAAUGUUAUAAUCAUUAUAUUUGAUUCUAUAACAAUAUUUAGUCAUAUAACACAACAAUACCAAAACAAUAUUAGGUCGGUCGUUCCGUAUCUAUCGCCGCCGUCACCGGUCACCGUCGGCGCGUACUAGUCGGCGUUGCUCCGAACGCCGCGCAGUCGCCUUCCGCCACGAUCGUCCUGACAGCACGUCAAUCGAUACUCAUCGCACCACAACACGUACGUCGCCCGCAAAACUUCGUGACGCUCGAAAGCAUUAUUCAUCUGCGCAUUAUUUUGCACAUCGUUUUGCAUUCGUCGUCGUCGUGGGUUUGAACUCGAACGCCGCGUGAGUUGCAAAAGUCAGCGAGUGAUACGAGAGUGCGACCUCAGUCAUUAUGGGUUCGUACCUGAACAAACCGAAAACUGACAAAGAAUCGGAGGACAUGGAAAACGACGUACUCAUGUGUGGUGCCAGUUCGAUGCAGGGCUGGCGCGAGAAACAAGAAGACGCUCACGUUUGUUUAGUGGACUUUGAUGAUGAUAUGUCACUUUUUGGAGUCUUUGAUGGACACGGUGGCGCUGAAGUAGCGCAAUAUGCCGUUGAGAUGUUGCCAUCACUGAUUAAAAACGAACUGUUCGAAAAAGGUGAUUAUGAAAAAGCAUUGGUCAAGGCUUUCAUGGAUUUCGAUGACAGUCUAAUUGAAAUACCAGUAUUGAAAAGGCUGAGAACUCUUCGAUUGAAAAAUGGCAAAACAGAAGAAACUGGGGAGAAAAUUGUAACAUGGAUUCUAAAUUUUUUUGAUAAUGGCGAUAUAGAUGAAAAAAAACUUGUUGAAACAGAAUUGGCUGGAAAAGACAGUGGUUGUACAGCAGUUGUAGCAUUAUUAGUAAAAAAUAAGCUUUAUGUGGCCAAUGCUGGGGACUCAAGAUGUGUGGUGUCUAUUGAUGGAAAAGCUCAUGCAAUGUCAAAAGAUCAUAAACCUAAAGAUAAGUCUGAGUUAAAGAGGAUUCUUGCUGCCGGUGGAAGAGUUUCAAAUGAUGGACGAAUCAACCAUGGUCUCAAUAUGUCUCGAGCUUUAGGCGAUCAUAUGUACAAGACAAAUAGUUUAUUUCCAAAUACCAAGCAAAUGAUUACUGCUCUACCUGAUGUACAAACCAUUGAUUUGAAACCAGAUAACGGUGAUUUCAUAGUCUUAGCAUGUGAUGGUAUUUGGAAUUCAUUGUGCAGUCAGAAAGCGGUUGAUUUCAUAUUAAAUCGUAUCCAUUGUCCAGACAUUAAAUUAUCAUCAAUUUGUGAAGAAUUAUUUGAAGUGUGUUUGGCUCCUGAUACACCAAAUGCUGGAGUUGGCUGUGACAACAUGACUUGUAUCAUCGUGAAAUUCAAACAUUACCAAAAACGUUCACUCGCAGAUGGUGCAGAAGAGGAAUCUGAUCUCGUUAUCGAUUGUAAGAAACCUAAAUUGGAUGUGAUUCCACCUGAAUCUGUAGAAUAAUAUUUCAUCUCACCUUAGACUUAAAUGUGUACAAACACAUGUGACAAA